CCCUAGUACGUUUUGUAAACCAGGUGGCAGCGUGCAGCAGUUCGCAUUGCGGCGCUAGCUUCUCAGGACAUGACGUAUUCGAAGCAUUCGUGCAGUAAUCACGGUCAGAGGACGUUUCUGACGACUCGUCUCUUUCUACAUUUCACAUUUUCGAAAUAAAUAAAAGCAAAGCGAGUAGGUGUCGUAAAGCAGUGUGUCGUGCUGAAAAGCUGUGUGCGUUCGUACGCGUUACGAGUGACAUUUGGUCUAGUCUUGAAGAGGGUGUGGGCCACGACGCCAGAAGAAACAUUUAGUGGGACAGUUCGGAAUCCGAAUAUUCGGAGCCUGAGGAGUCAAAUGAGUUAGGGGCCAUCGUAAGCCCCGAGAUCUACGCGAUGGACACUGUGGACAGUGCGAGCAAGCGGCAAGCUACUCGUGUCUUCAAAAAAUCCAGCCUUAAUGGAAAGAUCACGGUAUACCUUGGGAAAAGAGAUUUCGUCGAUCACAUAACUCACGUCGAUCCUAUCGACGGGGUCGUGCUGAUCGACCCGGACUAUGCGAAGGAUCGCAAGGUUUUCGGCCACGUGCUGGCCGCGUUCAAGUACGGGAGGGAGGAUCUCGACGUUCUCGGGCUGACCUUUCGAAAGGAUCUCUACUUGGCGGCCGAGCAAAUCUAUCCUGUGGUGGCUGGCGCCCAACAGAGGAAGCUGACGCGGUUGCAAGAGAAGCUGAUCAAGAAAUUGGGGAGCAACGCGUAUCCUUUCUAUUUCGAGUUACCGCCUCAUUGCCCUGCGUCGGUCACGCUGCAACCGGCGCCAGGCGACACUGGGAAACCGUGCGGCGUCGACUACGAAUUAAAAGCGUUCGUAGGUGAGACGCAGGACGACAAACCGCAGAAACGAAACUCGGUGCGGCUCGCGAUACGGAAGAUCAUGUACGCGCCGUCGAAGCAAGGCGAGCAGCCCUCCGUCGAGGUGAGCAAAGAAUUCGUCAUGUCGCCGAACAAGCUUCACCUGGAGGCGUCGUUGGACAAGGAGCUGUACCAUCACGGCGAGAACAUAGCUGUGAACGUGCACAUAGCGAACAACAGCAACAGGACGGUGAAAAAGAUCAAGGUGUCGGUGAGGCAAUUCGCGGACAUUUGCCUGUUCUCCACGGCGCAGUACAAGUGCACGGUGGCCGAGGCUGAGAGCGAGGAGGGGUGCCCGGUGGGGCCAGGUUUCACGCUGAGCAAAGUGUUCUCUCUGAAACCGCUUCUCGCCGACAACAAAGAUAAAUGGGGGCUUGCCCUCGAUGGCCAGAUCAAAGACGAGGACACCAAUCUGGCGUCCAGCACCCUCGUGGUGGAUCCCUCGCAACGCGAGAAUCUCGGGAUAAUCGUCCAGUACAAAGUUAAAGUGAAGCUUUGUCUCGGAGCCUUAGGAGGCGAAUUAGUGGCGGAACUGCCGUUCAUCUUGAUGCAUCCGAAACCGGAAGAAGAGGAACCAGCGCCACCCACGGCGCGGCCCAGCCCGACGCAAAAGACGGAUAGCGAGAUACCGCUUGACACAAAUCUGAUUCAAUUGGACACGGAGGCUGACGGCGACGACGACAUCAUUUUCGAGGACUUUGCCCGUCUCAGGUUGAAGGGUGAGACGGAUGCCUGACUACGUGGAUCCAACUCGAUCGACCUGUUCGACGCAAGCAAACGUAAGAUCUUCCAGAACGGCGCGAGCCAGCUGAUCCUUUAAUUCGACGAUCAUUAUCACGCUUGGGAAAAUGAUUGAAUAUCGGUGAUAAAAUGGAACGUCGAUUCUUCGCCGCAAGGAUCGAAGAUCUUUUUCGUCAUCGUUCGACGAUCGCUGGAACCAACUAUCUCCUUUUCUUUCUGGAUGAAAAAUCGUAUUGGUCAAAUUCAUCGUAAUUAUCUAUAUUGUACACGGGACGACACCUAUGGAAUGGUACUAAUCAAUCGCACAGAGAGUAACUAACGCGCACCUCGUUCGACUCAUCAGGGGAGGAAAUGAAAGAACAUUUUGGAUCGAUCACGAUUAAAAUCACGCGGGAAAGAAGUAUAACAAUGUGUUUACGCUUUGACAACGUUUCGUUUGUGGCUGGAAACGAUUCGAAGAUUGUACGCAUCGUUGAAAAAGAUGUCGAUAUAUUUACCAGUAACGGGAUGGAGGAAUAGUGCAGUCUUUUACUUUGGAGAUGCGAUUUAACCAGCACACGUGUUUUUGUUAUUUUAAUCACAUGGCCAGUAUGCAGAAUUCGUUCUGUCAAUGUGCGUUUUUCAUGCAGAGAGUCCGAAAAAAAUGUUCUUGAGAAAAAGAGACUGGUCGAUUUCGCUGCAGAAAGGAUUAUUAUUCGUUUCGUUUUAUUAAACUAUUAUUGAUUUAAUAAAAAUCCUUUAAGUUGUUGAUAAUAAGUUACACGUUUUCCUCAUUGAAAUAUUAAAUUUGAGAAAGUUUUAUCAUAUCCUUCCUGUAUAAAUAUCUUUUUCGUUUCGUAUUGUGUGAAACUUUUAAUUUUGAGAUUUUGCGUUGAAUAAUUUAUGAGAAAUAACCAUAAGCUUUUCUUUUCUUACAUCGUGUACGUGCAAAAUCGGAAUGUACAGCCUCUUAUCGUACAAACGAAUUUUUUGCAGUGAAAAAUUACGAUUAAUCAAUCGGACAGUACUAUUUCUUGACAAACGUUAAAAUUAUCUCGCUUCAUCGGAAGAUAUAUAGAUAGUUUUGACCGCAAACAUCAUAAAUUAUCGUAAUUUCGAAGAUCUCUCGAAAAUGAAUUCUCGUUUUAGCAUAUUGCUCGAAUCGUGUGACUGCGAAUCUUUUAAGCGUACCACAGUUUAUAAAAGAAUUGCACGAUAAUUGAAAAUUAAACAAUAUUCUACGUGAGAUAAUGUGUUACGUUGAUCGCUAAAUGUGUCUUUGUAUUCGACGUUCAACACGCGAUCAGAAUGAGAUUCAAUGAGAAUGUUUCUUUUCAAAGAAUUAAAUAUCGAAUAGUGGAGUCGUUUUCGGAUUUCGUUUCCGAAAAGACAAGAAAAAUUCAACGAAUUCUUAAACGUUACAUAUAUAUAUAUAUACAUAUAUAUAUACAAAAAACAAAGAAUACAUUAUAUAUAGAUAAAUAUAUAUACACACGAAUACACAUAUUGUACACACACCGAAUUAUGCAAACUUUGCGUCACACGCUUAACGAUAAAUCGAUCGAUGAUUAAAGGGAAAAAAAAAAAGAAAAAAAAAAAGAAAAGAAAAGAAAAAAUAGAGAUAAAAAAAAUAAGAAAAGAGAAUUAUGUAAAAUUUCAGCAGUUUAGCUUUUACACGUUUAUACCGACAUCGAGAAAGUAUUGGGUUUUUUGCAACACGUUACUAAUCGUACGAUUUUUCUAUUCCUUUUUUAUGUAUCACAUUUUUUACCGAAUGAAACAUUCUAGUGCCAUCUUUGAAUACACAUUUUGGAUUAUAGAAAAUUCGUUUCUUUGCGAACAUACUUGAAAUCGAUCCAAUUCGUUACUUGCAUCGUUUACCGAAGACUGUUUGCGAAAAUUGAAUCGAUCGUGUAACACUUUGAUGGGAAUAUCGAUUCGAGUUAGUUUUUUUCUACAUCCUUUUACGAGUUACGUUCACGAUGAAAACGGCAAAACGAGUCAUGGAAGAGAGUACAAUUAAUCACAUUAAUAUUUGGAUCUUGUUUUAUCUACGAAUCUGUUAUUUUAUUAUUAUAUUGCUUAUUGCUUAUAUAUAGAAGAUAUAGGCUAGUUACUCUGUAAAUUUUUUUUAAAUAUUUUAUUUUACGAUAUUUUUUUUUUUUUCUACAAAGUUUGUAAUUCUUGUCUCGUAAUUUCUUCAUCAUCUUUUUAAUACAAGAAUUUCUAGAAGCGUCUGAAUAUUAAUGCGAUUAAUUGUACAUCGAAUAAUUCCAAGCGUAAAUUGAGAGAGAGGGAUCAUUCCAGGUGUAUGUGAUUAAACGGUAUGCCUUUAAGAGCGAGGUAUCGAGUAUUUUCUAAAUGGCAGAUCGUGAUCAAUGAUUGACUAUCGUAAUAGAAUCCUUUGGAUUAAAUCUCGCCGAUCUGCGAUUUAGAAAACACCUUAUAUAUGUGUUGUAUGUUAGCACGAUUUAAAAAAAAAAAAAAAAAAAAAUUAAUGCGUCCGCUGUCAAUUAAUUAUUAUUUUAAAAUAUCAACAUCGAUGACAAUUUUACGAAGGGCACAGCGAGCGCGUUUAAUUAAAGAGGCAACUUCUGCGUAUCGACGUGUGUAAUUUUUCAAGUUAAUGUUAAUAUUCUGUAUCUUGAAGGGAGGAAAUAUCGGUGGUUUAAAAUCGAAGAGAACGAGAUUACGAACGAACAAAUUAUUAUUAUUCAUAGACGUCCAUGAGAUGAAAAGAAGAGAGGGGGGAGAAAGGGAGGGAAAUUUUUGUAUAAGACGAUCCUUCAUUAUUAUGUUCAAUGGAGGAUCGACCGCCAUUUUUCCGCUGUAAUAACGAAUAACAAAAGUCAAUUGUACAACAAACGAACGAAGUUGAAAACCGAACGAUUCUCUUCGAUUUUAAACGACAAAUUUUCGAUUUUUUGAGCCAGGGCAACGUUGAUCGUGCUGUUGGCCGUUUAAAUCGUUGCACAUGUAUAUAUUACAUAUAUAUUACAUAUACGCAGGAGGAGUUCACGAGAGGAAUAGUAUUUUUUAUCAAUUUAGCAUUUACAGAGUGUAUUUAGGAGAGAUUAUCGAUUACAUAUAUAUAUAUAUAUAUAUACACCAAAGCAUCUCUCUCACUUCAAUGUUUUCGUAAGCAAGGAAGCUUUCAAGGGAGAAUGGAGGAACAAGACGAACAUAAUUAUUAUUCUAUAUAGUUAUUAAUCGAGCGAAACAAUUGCAUAAGUUACUGUAAAUGUCGAGUUAAUGUUUAAACUAUUUAGAUAAGUGGAAGAAACGUAAGUUUGAGGUCUUUGCGUUUCUUAAUCGUGAUUAUUUUUUUUUUUUUUUUUUUUUUAAGGAGAAAAAAAAGAAAAAGAAAUUGUAUAAACUGUUUCGUGAUUCGUGAUUAUUUAUCGAACUUUGCUCCACUGAAUCACGUGAUCGUAAAGAUUCAGACCUCAAACUUACGCGUAAGCAUACAUAUACAUAUACGCAAACAAACAAAGAAACAAACAAGUACACUUGUACACACGCAUAGAGAAAAAGAGAGAAGAGAUGAAGAAACGGCUUGUACAAUACGCGCGAGAGUAUAUUUUAUAUUCGCACGCGCUGGUGCGCGCCAAUAUUUUUUGUAACAUAUUAAAGGGACAAAGAAAAAAAAAUCGAAUGGUCGAUCAUGGAAUAGUUCGUACGUAAAUUAAUACAUAAUAAUAACGUUUUGGAACGAGGAAUAAGACGAGACGGAUAGAAUAUCAAUAUAACUGCACAAAACAAAUUGCAACGGUGUUACAGUGUUGCUUCAGAGUCAAUAAUGGGUGCUGUUUUAAAAGAAAGUCGUAUCGUGUCGUCGUUUUUUUAACGAGUGUCUAACUGUGUAUCAAGUUUGCGAUUCGAUAUGUAUUUUUGAAGAGGAACGAAAGAGCCCAUUA